GUCAGAAUUUCAGUAUCCAAAAUUCAAAAUAAAAAAGUUGCACACAUUUUUUUUCAAAAAAUUUUCAAUUAAUUCAUUAAUUUCACCUGAUUGAUAAUGAGUACAGAUUUUGGGGAUUUUUCGCAGGGGCUUACCGGUAAAGGGGGCGACAAGGAGCUACAGGAGUUUCUAAUGGUGGAAAAGCAAAAGGCACAAUUUAAUGCACAGAUUCAUGAAUUCAACGAUUUCUGCUGGGAAAAGUGCGUCGAAAAGGCCUCGAAUAAGCUAGACAGCAAAACGGAAACUUGCCUUACAAACUGCGUGGAUCGUUUCAUCGACGUGUCGCUGCUCAUCACGAAUCGGUUCGCUCAAUUGUUGCAAAAAAGUGGCGGCAUGUGAAUAAUUUUAUAGUUUUUUCUAGUUUAGGUUUUUGUAUAUUGUUAUUAUUUGUACACGAAUAAUUGAUCAAUAAAUAUGUAGUUGAAUGUUGAAUUAAUU